AUGAAAGCUUCAAUCAAAUUUAGAGAUGAACAAAAGCCUCUGUUUCGAGCAAAAGUGCCUCUCAAUAUUCUUGGGUUCCCGUUUCAAUCAGGGAUUGUAGCCGGUGAAUCGAAAGAGCUCUCCUUGAAUCUCAGCACUUUCUUUGAAUCAGGGCCCUCGUUGAAGGUCGCUUAUCGUCCAAAUGAUUCCCUUAAUCCGUUUAGUCUCGUAUUCAAAACCGGAAUCGGCCAUUUCGGUUCGCCGAUUUCAAGCUCACUGAACAUGAGCGCUGAAUUCAACUUGAUUGGAGGCAGUCAAAACCCUAGUUUUUUUGUUCACUUCAAACCUCAAUUCGGCGACUUCACUAUCAAAAAAGUUCAAUCAUCAGUGUUUAAGAAGCAAAUUAACGGUGUUAGCGGAGCUGCGGAGGAAGAUGCACCGGUGAUUGUUGAUCUGUUCGAAAACGGCAAGAAAUUUUCCAAUUCGCCGUUGGAAUCUCCAGCCGCCGGUCUGGUGAAGAGCGCCUUAUCCGACGUCGAAAUGACCGCCACGACGACCGUUCCGCUGAGGAAAAACGCUGUGCUGAAUUUCCGUUGGGGCGUUUGGCUCCCGGAGGCGGAAGACUCGGCGAUGAUGCUAAUGAAGAAGAACAACAAUUCAAUGCCUGGGAUUUCGUUUCAGAAGCUUCCAGUGUUGAUCAUAAAUAAGAUCGGGAUCGAGCACAAAUCGGGUGCCGAUUGCAAGGAUUCAAGCAAGGUGGGACCGGCAACCACUGACGCGGCGGAGGCCUUUUUGGGCGUCAAGAAACAGCUGGAGAUCAUACAAACGGAAAAUGUGGGAUUAAAGAAAGCCAUGGAUAACUUGAAGAAUGAAUUUUCUGCCGUUAGGUUUAACGGCGGAGACGUUAAUGCUCGUUUUUGCGGGAAGGCUAUGGAUAAUGAGAUUGUGAAUGAAGAAUCGAAGAAGAAUGGUUUUAAGGGUAUCUCUGAUAAUUAA